UUCUUUCUUCCUUUUCUCCUUCCCUCUUCUAAUGUUGGGUUGGCACUGGCGCUCAUCGCGCCGACACUCCUACCUCGUGCUCUCUCUCUUUCUCUUCCGUUUGGACUCACGUUGCCUACUUGCUUGCAGACUCGACCGACUAUGGACCAAAAAAUCGGUAGCCGGAACGGGUCUUCAACCCCGCGUCCCCCCCUUUCCUGAGUCUCGUGCCCAGCGUCAUCCCAUAGCGUACUUCUUGCUGUGGGGAUCACUCUCGUUCUCGAUGCAGCUGCGCUUACACCUCUUAUGUUUCAGUGUUUCGUCAUUUGAGUUUUUCUUGCGUGGUAGGUGGAUUGCAGGUGGAUCGUGAUGGAUUUUUUUGUUGUUUGUGUUUGGCGAGAUUCAUCGUGUUGUUUUGGGGUGUGAAGGAGUUGGGGUGAGUUGUAGGGAGGAAUUGCGAGGGGGUGUGUGAGUGAGAGUUGGGGUGAGGAUGGAGAGGCAUCAGGGCGGGAGAGAGAGGAGAGAGAGGAUCGAGAGGGGGAGGUCGGAGAGGUCGGAGAGGACGGAGAGGUUUGGGAGGUCGGAGAUUUCCGAGGAGUCGGAGGGGUCGUCGGUCUCGCGGAGGGGGAGUGUGAGAGGAAGUGAAGGAUCGUCUCGUUUUCGCAUGAAUGUGGUUCGGAAUUGGGAGGAGUUGGUGCGAAAGGCGUUGUGGGCGUAUCGGGAGGAGUCAGACGAGUUCGAUUCUGGUAGUGAUGAAGGAGAAGAAGAGGAUGAGGAGGAGAGCGUGGUGCGGAAAUCCAGUGGGUGGCGUCAGAAAUCUCAAUCUUACUCAGUGCCACAAUCGCUUGCUCAGCAGACCGGCAUUGAUGCUGUCAUGGCUUUUGCCGAAGAAGUUGAUAAGGAUCACAGCAACGUUGCUCGCAUUUUGUUUGAGUAUGCAUACAAUUUAACUCAACAGAUGGAUCCCAUGAAUCAAGGACGAGGCGUUCUCCAAUUCAAAUCGGCUUUGAAAGCCGUUCUCAUUACCAAUCGAAUAAAAGCCAAUCGCCCGACGCAGCAGACUGACCCAAGUCAAGAUGUCAAGAUCCUCACUGAGUUUUACAGUAUGUACAAGGAGGCACAUGACAUUGAUCAUCUUCAAGAACAAGAUCGAGCCGCUCGAGAAGGUCAUAUUCAAGACGGGACUGAUGAAUAUCAAGAGUGGAGAGCAGGCAAGCUCAGAAAAUUCUAUGAAGCUUCAAAGAUCUUGAAUAGUGCGGUUAAGUACUACCGGCGGUUGAGCGAGUCGGAUGUUUCAAAUGUGGAAGUAGAACCUCAAGUAGGCUCCAGCAUUCGUGAUCGGCCUAAAACUGGCCCCACAGCUCCUAUUUCAUCUGACGUAAAGCCCACAGGUUCUUAUGCAGCUGAAGCAGCAUUGGAUAUUGAUGCCAAAAAAAUUGAUCAGUUCAAAGCCUAUAAUAUAUUGCCCUUGGAGUCGACUGGUGUCCCAAACCCUUUUCAGAGUUUUGCCGAGGUAGUUGCUGCUACAAAAGCUCUGUACACAACCGAAUGGCUGCAGUUUCCACAGUUUGACCGUGGAUACUCCAAAAAAGUCGGCAGAGAUGUCUUGGACAUUUUUGAUUUCUUGCACUACGCUUUUUGUUUUCAGAAAGACAAUGUGUCAAAUCAGCGGGAACAUCUUGUUCUUCUCUUGGCUAAUGCAGAAACUCGUGCGGACAAACCCUGUAACGGGGCUGCACCUCACAAUGCCAAGUUGGGUGAGAAAGCUAUCGAAACAGUUCACGAUCGGAUCUUAGCAAACUAUAUGCGGUGGUGUAAAUUCCUGAACUUGAACGAUCAUACUAAAUGGGCGUCGAAUCCUCAAAAGAAACUCUGCUUGACUGCACUUUAUCUAUUAAUUUGGGGUGAAGCGGCGAAUGUUCGCUUUCUUCCUGAAUGCUUGUGCUACAUAUUUCAUAACAUGGCAGAUGACUGUUUUUCAUUGCUGGAAAAAGAUAAGCCUGCGAGGUCAACGGUUACACUUAAAAUUGAGGAUAUUAAAAACUCGGUAACAAAUACCGAGUAUUUAUUCCUUGAGCAGAUUAUUACACCAGUUUACGAAAUUGUGGCUGCGGAGGCCGCAAAUAGUCAACAUGGGAAAGUACCACACGGAAGCUGGCGGAAUUAUGACGAUUUUAACGAGUAUUUUUGGCAACCAUCUUGCUUUGAACUUGGUUGGCCUUGGAAAUUAGAGGCAUGUUUCUUCACGAAGCGUGGUGACAAAAAGACAAUCAAUUCACGGACAGAAUUAGAUCCAUUGUUGGGGUCUGAUUCUCGGAAGGCACCUCCUGUUGGAAAGAUUCAUUUUGUGGAGCACCGAUCCAGUCUCCAUUUGUAUCAUACCUUUCACCGGCUGUGGGUUAUGUUAGUUUGUAUGCUUCAGAUUUUGGCAGUAUGGGCAUUUUGCAGCGAAAAUAGAAAAUUAAACUUACAUCUUCGAACCAUCAAAAAAAUGAUGAGUGUCGGCCCUACAUUUGCUAUCAUGAAGCUUUUUAAAUCAAUUUUGGAUUUUGUAUUUAUGUGGGGAGCCAUGAAAAGUACUCGGAAGCAGAUCGUCUCACGGAUGCUAAUACGACUGAUCUGGCUAAUAUGCGUAUCCAGUGCUCUUGUAUUCCUCUAUGUGAAAACUCUACAAGAAGAUGCAAGGAAUCAUUCCUCUACACCUUGGUUUCGACUUUACAGCCUUGUCCUGGGAUGUUAUGCCGGAGCUCAAGUGUUCUUUGCGUUUCUCUUGCGUCUGCCAUUUCUCCGAAAACAAUUUGAUAGCUGUUCAAAUGUUCGAGCGUGUCAAUUCAUCAAGUGGAUUCAAGAGGAAAGAUACUAUGUUGGACGUGGCAUGUAUGAAAGAACAAGUGAUUACCUGAAGUACUCCCUCUUCUGGAUCGUUGUGUUAGCUUGCAAAUUUGCAUUCACCAUGCAUUUUCAGCUUUUGCCCAUGGUGGAGCCCACAAGAAUCAUAGUUGGAUUUAAGAAUAUUACUUAUUCUUGGCACAGUUUUGUCUCAAAGGGUAACCACAACGUAUUCACUCUCGUAUCAUUUUGGGCUCCAGUUAUAAUGAUUUAUGUAUUGGAUGUGCAAGUGUGGUAUACUGUAGCAUCAGCAUUGCUGGGAGGUCUGGAAGGUGCAAGAGACAGACUAGGCGAGAUUCGAUCGCUGGACACAUUGAGGAAUAGAUUCCUUUAUUUUCCUCAAGAAUUUGUGAAAAAAAUGGACGCGACCAUGGGGGGAAAAAAGGCUAAGAGUCGGAGUAUCUCGAGUAAGGAUGAUGCCAGAAGAUUCCUUCCCAUUUGGAAUGCAGUUAUCGAAAGCCUCCGAGAGGAAGACCUCUUGAGCAACACUGAACGCCUUAUGCUGGAGAUGCCACCAAAUAGUCGCACUUAUCCUAACGGAAAAGAGGAUACUCAGAUGUGCUGGCCGCUAUUUCUCGUUGCUAACAAGGUUCAAAUCGCAGUUGAUACUGCUGCUGAUGAAGUGAAGAAGAGCAAGGAGAGGGAUUUUCAUCUUGCUCCUAGUUUUACUGAAGUGAGCAGGGGUGACUAUCAAAUCGAACUCUGGGAGAAGGUUUCAAGUGAUGAAUUCACGAAAUUUGCCAUAGAGGAGAGCUUUCAUACUUUAGAGCAGCUGUUGCUUUCUUUAUUCAGAGAAAAUGACAAUCCAUGGCUAUGGUUACAGAGACUAUUUGGAGAUGUCAGAGCAAAAGUUGCUGCUGGAGGAUUUGUAAUUCAAUAUAACAUAGAGAAGCUACCCUUAGUAGUGAAGAAGCUUGCAGACCUGACUAAACAUCUGGCUGGAGAAGAAAAUGAAGAACGCCGGAAGGCGUCGAUAUCAUUGUUGGACGAACUUGCCAGAAUUGUGAUGAACGACAUGCUAAACUUAAACGGGAAUGACAUACCCUCUGAUUUCUUACGUUUCAAAAAGCUUAUACAGGAAGGUCGAUUUUUUAAAAAUUUGAUCUGGCCUGACGAAGCAUGGCGAAAGCGAGCAGAUCGACUUCAAAAUAUUUUUAAAAUACAUACAUACUUUGACAAGGAUCGAAAUAAGAAGACCUACGAUACACAUACUGUUCCCAAGAAUUUGGAGGCUAGGCGUCGCUUAGAGUUUUUCACGAAUUCUCUGUUUAUGAAUAUGCCUGACGCUCGACCUGUCGCCAAAAUGUUCGCUUUUUGUGUUUUCACACCUUACUACUCAGAAGAAGUCAUGUUUGACAUCAAAAAAAGGGAUGGCAAAAAAAAGUAUGAUAAGCCCAAGAAGGACUCUGACAUCAAAGAACUUGACGUAAAAAAUGAGGAUGGAAUCACUAUACUGGAAUACCUUAAAACGAUAUACCCUGACGAAUGGAAAAAUUUCCUCCAGAGGUUGGGACUCACUGAGGGAACGUUCCACUCACACGUGUGGCCAGAUUCUGCAAAAGGGCAAAAAUCUGACACCAUACUGAAAUUACGGUUAUGGGCUUCAUAUCGUGGUCAGACUUUGGCUAGAACAGUUCGAGGCAUGAUGUAUUACAAAAAGGCUUUAGAACUUCAAGCAGAGCUUGAAAGAAGUUCUGUUUCAGAUCCUGAAAGAGGAGUGCCCUCGUCAUCAGUUCAUAAUCAACGUGACUUGUUGCAGCGGACCCCCCAAGCUCAGGCAGACCUCAAAUUCGUGUAUCUUGUAUCGUGUCAGAUAUACGGUGAUCAAAAGCAAAAGGGCCUCGCUCAAGCUAAAGACAUUCUCUAUUUAAUGCAACAGAAUGAAUCCUUGAGAGUCGCGUACGUAGAUACUGUCAAUGGGGAAUUAGGUGCAAAGAGCAAGACUACAUACUACUCGAAGUUGGUGAAAGUAGACAAAAUGGAUAAAGGAAAAGAUCAGGUAAUUUACUCAGUUAAGCUUCCUGGGCCAUUUAAACUUGGAGAGGGAAAACCAGAGAACCAAAAUCAUGCCAUUAUAUUCAGUCGGGGGGAUGCUGUUCAAACUAUUGAUAUGAACCAGGACAACUACCUUGAGGAAGCUUUCAAGGUGCGAAACUUGCUAGAAGAGUUUGAUAAGGUUCAUGGGCGAAACCCCCCCACAAUCCUCGGUGUUCGUGAGCAUGUUUUCACAGGAAGUGUUUCUUCACUGGCGUGGUUUAUGUCCAUGCAAGAAGCCAGCUUUGUAACACUUGGGCAGCGAGUGCUUGCCAGACCUCUGAAGGUGAGGAUGCACUACGGCCACCCAGAUAUCUUCGAUAGGAUUUUUCAUUUUACUACUGGUGGUGUAAGUAAAGCAUCAUGCGGCAUCAAUCUUAGUGAAGACAUCUUCGCAGGAUUCAACACUACUCUUAGACAGGGCAACGUCACUCAUCAUGAAUACAUUCAGGUUGGGAAGGGACGAGAUGUUGGUCUGAACCAAAUAGCUAUGUUCGAGGCUAAGGUGGCUAGCGGAAAUGGAGAGCAAUUACUUGCCCGUGAUCUUUAUAGGCUUGGCCAGCUGCUUGAUUUCCCUCGUAUGCUUUCAUUCUUUUUCACAUCAGUUGGCUAUUAUGUCACCACCAUGAUGACAGUUUUGACGCUAUACGCCUUUUUAUAUGGGAAAGCUUACUUGGCACUAUCAGGUGUAGACGCAUCUUUGAAAUCCCUUAACGACAUUCUCGGAAACGAAGCAUUGCAAUCAGUUCUGGCCUCUCAAUUUUUAUUUCAGAUUGGAGUGUUCACAGCAAUUCCUAUGAUAGUAAAUUUAGUACUGGAGCAAGGCAUACGAAAGGCUAUUAUGAGCUUCUGUACUAUGCAGCUACAGUUGGCAUCAGUAUUUUUUACUUUCUCCCUGGGCACUCGUACACACUAUUUUGGGCGUAUUGUACUCCAUGGAGGUGCAAAGUAUCUCGCGACUGGACGGGGUUUUGUUGUCAGGCAUAUCAAAUUUCGAGAUAAUUAUCGGUUGUUCUCUCGCAGUCAUUUCACUAAAGCGUUUGAGAUCAUCCUGCUCUUGGUCAUCUAUCUGGCUUAUGGUGCUCAAAAUCGUUCAUCAGUUACUUACAUUUUGCUCACAUUCAGUUCCUGGUUCCUGGCGCUUUCGUGGCUCUUUGCGCCAUAUGUUUUCAACCCAUCUGGCUUCGAAUGGCAGAAGACAGUGGACGAUUUUGGGGAUUGGCAAAAGUGGAUUCUAUACAAAGACGGUAUUGGUGUGAAUAGUGAGACUAGUUGGGAAACUUGGUGGCUUGAUGAACAGUCCCAUCUUCGCACAACUGCUGGAAAAUUUUGGGAGAUCGUUUUUUCACUGCGAUUUUUCUUCUUCCAGUAUGGUGUCUCCUAUCAUCUCGAUGUAUUCCAAGGAAGCACCAGCAUAAUGGUGUAUGUUUACUCUUGGAUAACGUUGUGUGGUUGCGUGGCGAUUUUCACGGUAUUUUCUUCAAGUACAGCCAUUGCAUUAAAGCAUUCGCACCGACACUUCACCGUCCGGCUGUUUCAAGCGGCGCUGUUUGUGCUCCUUAUUGGAGGAGUAAUUGUGGCAAUCGCUCUUUCUCCUCUAGCUGUCACUGAUUGUCUUGCUGUGGCCCUUGCGAUUGUUCCAACUGGCUGGGGUAUUAUCUCUAUUGCUGUCGUAUUCCAACCUCAGUUGAAGGGCUUUAAAAUUUGGUAUUCAGUGAAAGAGAUCGCUCGGUUGUAUGAUAUGUGUAUGGGUUUGAUCAUUUUCAUUCCCAUUGCCGUAUUGUCAUGGUUCCCCUUCUUCUCCCUUCUCCAAACGCGCCUUGUCUUCAACCAAGCAUUUAGUCGAGGUCUUGAGAUUUCUCUCCUUUUGGCUGGUAAUCGUGCGAAUGCCAGUGUUUAGAUCUAAUUUUUAGUGAAUAGUAGUUCACUAGAUGAGCUACUUUUCUUAUGUGGACUAGCUGCAUGAUCAUUUUUCUUUUACUGGAUUUACGUAGAAUGCAAUUCAAGAUAUCCAGUGUGUGGCUGUAGGAUUUAUUCCAGGUAAAGCAGCUGUUGUUGAAACAUUUUCCUUUCACAUGACUAAGCACUCUAGAGAGGACUAUUUUGCCACAAUGGAUCCUGAUACGGUGAUGCUGAAGAGUUCUGACUAUUGUUUCACACUUACGGAGCACGAACUUUUGUGUUUCCGUUUCAAGCA